UCUGCGUUUGAAACAUUUUUGAUUUUACAGUAUGUGGGUUGUUCAGAAUUUAAUGUACAAUAAUACUUUUGCACUUAGGCGUACUAUUCUCUCUUAUGUCAGGUUUCUGCUUCGAGUCGAUGUUGCAGGCGUUGGAUUUUAUUUUUCAUUUUUACACAGCACAUACUUCUUUUUUUUGGGGAUUUUUUUAGAAAAUAAAUGAAGUUUUGCCCCGUUCGUAAUGUUGCAGGUUCAAUAUUGAAGAGAUUCUCAAAAAUAUGUAACGCUAAUGGAACAAUAACUUGUUAAGGCAGCAGUUGAAGGGCAUUUAUUUUAUUUGCAUUUUUGGACAAAGUUUAAUCUCCAUUGUUCAUGUUGCGACUAAAUAAUAACAUUUUACAGGUUUUAGUUAAGUGUCUAUUUUAUAAUUGUCACUGUUAUCCAGAUGAAUGUCAUUCAUCGUUUCUCAUACUACAUUGUAUCUUUUUGUAGGAAUUCUCAUCAAUCUAAACGUGUGUUACACAUCAGGUGGGAUUUCUGAACAUUAACGUUGGUUUAAGUUCUUUUAAAACUUGUAUUUGCCCUCAAAAAGUAAAACGAGGGCAUUGCGUUGUGUUUGUUUUACAAUAAAGUUGUGAAGUAAAAAAAAAAAUCGACUUUGCGUCAUGGGUCUUGUAGUUUAUUGCUUAAAACCGUCACGACAAAACCACAACUUUACGGCAGGUCUAUGAACUGCAAACGCGCAUGCGCAGAUUGCUGACCUUCUCUGGUGCUCCUCAAGCAAGCAUGGCUGCCCGGGCGAUUACCAAAGGGCUGUGGGGACUACGACGUGGACCCCGGUAUGCCACUGCAGCGUCCAUCCAACCCACCCAGCUCCAAGCCGACGACGUGUCAGACACACUGAUGAAUAAGCCACUGGAGAAGCCGGACUUCUUCCGGGUGUCGGAGCUCUUCUCGUUGAAAGACCUGUUCGAAGCCAGAGUUCAUCUUGGCCAUAAAAAAGGCUGCAGACACAGGCUCAUGGAGCCGUACCUCUACGGCUGCCGCUUGGACCAGGACAUAAUCGACCUGGACCAGACGGUGGAGCACCUCCAGCAGGCCCUGAACUUCACGGCCCACGUGGCGUACCGCGGCGGCGUCAUCCUGUUCAUCAGCCGCCAGCGGCAGUUCGUCCACCUGGUGGAGAACACGGCGCAGGGCUGCGGCGAGUACGCCCACACGCGCUACUGGCAGGGCGGCCUGCUCACCAACGCCCCGGUGCAGUACGGCCCCGGGGUCCGCCUGCCCGACCUCAUCGUCUUCCUCUCCACGCUCAACAACGUGUUCCAGCCGCACGUGGGCAUCCGCGACGCGGCCAAGAUGAACAUCCCCACGGUCGGCGUGGUGGACUCGAACUGCAACCCCAGCCUGAUUACCUACCCGGUGCCGGGCAACGACGACACGCCGGUCGCCAUGGAGAUGUACUGCCGCCUGUUCAAGAUGACCAUCAACCGGGCCAAGGACACGCGGCGGCGCAUGGAGCUGCUGCACGGCCUGGCGGCGCCGCCCACCGACGCCUCGUGACAGAAGAGAUGAAACACUUAUUUUUUUUAUGGUCUUCUGCUCCCUUUCAUCACGCGGCUGCAGAAGAAGAAGAAGAAGACUGAAGCUCUUUAAUGAAUCUACUUCCUGUGUCAUGGUCGUCUUCUGGUUCUAAUUUAUAUUAAUAUUAUUUCAUACCUCCGAGGGGCCUGAAGCCUUAUGUUGUCUGCUUGUCCGUCAGACUUCACCUCCAUUUGUAUACGACAAUAAACAGAUGAGUAUGUUUUGGACCAAACACACGCGUUUGGCUUUAACUCAAGAAUUUGUUUGCUAUUUAUGACGCCUUUCAAAUAUUGAAACGAGGCGGUGAUUCUAGUUCUCGCCAGUUUGUCCAAAUGUAAAUGAUGGUGAAGCUCUAUUGACGGUCUAAAUCAAACAUUCAUAUUCACGUGUCGACGAUGACGACCAGAAUAUUGACUUUUCUGUCUUGUUCGUUUAAACUUUACUCACAUUUCUGAUGGGCUUAGUCAUUUUAAUCUGCUCCCAAGUACCGCUGUACAUGAACUAAGUGUGCCUCAGGAUGUCAUGAAGCCUCUUGUGGAGUUAUUAUAAAAUACACCUAAUCAUCCCCGACACUUUCCAAUGUGACCAUUAAUAAACAUGUUUGCUUGAAAAGUUA